AUGACCCCGGUGCCUCAACGCAGACCGCCUCCUCUCCUCAGUGAGGACGAGCACUCGAUCGAUCUGCCGAAGUUGUUGAAGUCCGAAAAGGGCAGAAGUUUCACACUUCCGGGAGGCAAAAGUGGUAGUAAUCGCGGCGUUAGAAAACUAGAAAAUGUCAUUAAUGUGCGCAGGAGUUUCAAUCCUCUGAAUAUGUUUCGCCUGAGCAUAGCCCGUGGACAAUCUACAGAAGAUGCGAUAACUGUGGUGGCUUCAGCACCGGUCGUCAAGUCCGCUACUCUGACGACUAGCUUUGACCCGAAAACGCCACCUAUGGACAGCUCGGUCCCAGUAACAAAACCGAGACAAUCCUUUUGGCAACGAGCACGACAGUCCUUCUUGCCAUCGGCAGCGGCCAACUCCCGGUGGCAGAAAUGA